AAGAUAGCGGGUAAGUCCCAAAUUUGUGGUUUAAAAGGAACGAACAACGAUUGCAACCACCCGCCGUGAGAAUGGCGACGAACCUCAAACUCUUCUUAUCCUCGAAACCACCACCGCACGACAACUACCACCACUGCACCAGAACCACCAACCUCAGCCGCCACCUCCUUCCAUUUCCGGUCUCUAACAGAACAUUUUGUAGUCUACACUCUUUUCGCUCUUCCAAGAAUAAUUCCAACGACUACAGUAGAAGUCGUCGGAGGAGCUAUCGUGUGUGUAAUAAGGCCGCGGACGUUCAGUCCAAAGAUGUUUCUGACGCCGCUGAGGUAACCGUUCUAGCUGGCCGAGAUCGUCUUUUGAAGGUUCCCACAGAAAACAUCAGGAAUUUCUCUAUCAUUGCACAUAUUGAUCAUGGAAAAUCGACGUUAGCAGAUAAGUUGCUGCAAGUGACAGGAACUGUGCCAUCACGUGAAAUGAAGGAGCAAUUUCUGGACAACAUGGAUCUUGAGAGGGAAAGGGGCAUUACAAUCAAAUUACAGGCUGCUAGAAUGCGUUUCAUGCAUGAAGAUCGACCUUAUUGCCUUAAUCUUAUUGAUACCCCAGGGCAUGUGGAUUUCUCAUAUGAGGUUUCUCGCUCUCUUGCUGCAUGUGAGGGUGCUCUUCUUGUUGUAGAUGCCUCACAGGGAGUGGAAGCGCAGACAUUGGCUAAUGUUUAUUUGGCCUUGGAAAACAACCUUGAAGUGAUUCCUGUGUUGAAUAAAAUAGAUCUUCCAGGUGCUGAACCAAACCGUGUUGUUCAGGAGAUUGAAGAGGUUAUUGGUUUGGAUUGCAGCAAUGCUAUUUACUGCUCAGCAAAGGAGGGAAUAGGUAUAAAGGAAAUACUGAAUGCAAUUGUUCAGAGGAUCCCUCCACCACUUAAUUCUGCUGGAAGACCUUUGAGAGCUCUUAUAUUUGAUAGUUACUAUGAUGCAUACAGAGGUGUUAUUGUAUAUUUUCGUGUUAUUGAUGGAACUGUAAAGAAAGGUGACAGAAUUCUUUUUAUGGCUAGUGGGAAGGAUUAUUUUGCAGAUGAAAUUGGAGUUCUAUCUCCUAAUCAGUUGCAAGUUGAUGAACUAUAUGCUGGUGAGGUGGGAUACAUUUCAGCUUCAAUAAGGUCAGUAGCAGAUGCUAGGGUGGGUGACACCAUAACCCACUAUAGUAGAAAAGCAGAGCAAUCACUGCCUGGAUAUAAAGAGGCCACUCCAAUGGUGUUCUGUGGCUUGUUUCCUAUCGAUGCAGACCAAUUUCCAGAUUUACGUGAUGCACUGGAUAAACUGCAGCUUAAUGAUGCCGCAUUAAAGUUUGAGCCAGAGACGUCAAGUGCUAUGGGCUUUGGCUUUAGAUGUGGGUUCUUGGGCCUUCUUCAUAUGGAAAUUGUUCAGGAAAGACUUGAACGGGAAUAUAAUUUGUCGCUAAUAACUACUGCGCCAAGUGUUGUGUACCGAGUGAACUGCACCAAUGGUGAAACUGUUGAAUGUUCAAACCCAUCAUUACUUCCUGAGCCUGGCAAGAGGAGGUCGGUCGAAGAGCCAAUUGUGAAGAUUGAGAUGCUCACCCCAAAGGACUAUAUUGGUUCACUCAUGGAACUUACUCAAGAACGACGAGGAGAUUUUAAAGAAAUGAAAUAUAUUACGGAGACUAGAGCUUCACUCACCUAUGAGAUGCCACUAGCUGAGAUGGUAGGGGAUUUUUUUGAUCAACUGAAAUCAAGAAGCAAGGGCUAUGCUAGUAUGGAGUAUUCUUUUAUUGGGUACAAGGAAAGUGAUUUGAUAAAGCUUGAUGUGUUGAUAAAUAGUGAAGGUGUGGAGCCUUUGUCGACAAUCGUACAUAGAGAUAAGGCAUAUUCUGUGGGAAGGGCUUUGACUCAGAAGCUAAAGGAACUUAUACCUAGACAAAUGUUCAAAGUGCCCAUCCAAGCAUGCAUAGGUACUAAGGUGAUUGCUAGUGAAAGUUUGUCGGCAAUUAGGAAAGACGUCUUGGCCAAAUGCUACGGUGGUGACAUCUCAAGGAAGAAGAAAUUGCUAAAGAAACAGGCUGCAGGAAAGAAAAGAAUGAAGGCGAUUGGAAAAGUCGAUGUGCCUCAAGAAGCGUUUAUGGCCGUGUUAAAACUUGAAAAAGAGGUGCUAUAAAUAAUCGUAUACACGAAACGGCUAGCAAGUUGCAACACAUGUACAUUGUAUCUGAAUCACUGCCAAGGUAGAAGUGAAAGUUUACUUGUUCAAUCAACUGAUUUAGUGAUUAGAAAAUGUAUAUCAAGUCUCUUUUUUUAGGGUUCUUACAAUUUUGAAAUGGAAGGAAUAUCAUAUUCCUCUAUGUUUAUCUUGUCUUUUCCCUUGUUUUCUGUACAUGAACACAUAUGCAUACACAAGCUUCAACCCAGGAAUACUUUGAAGUUUGAAGUACAAAUUUUUUCU